UUAACACCACCCAACCCUCCUCCUCCUCCCCUGUUCUCCCCCUUCUGUUCCUCCCCACUUCUUCUCUCCCUUCUCCAUGACUCCAAUUCAUCCUCGCACUUGACUUUGCUUGGACUUGUUGCUCUUGUUGCCGAGUAUAGUAGCUCCUCUUCUUCUCGCCACACUUGUAUGCCUGCUGCCUUGUCAGCGAGUGGAGCGGUGGUGGCUGCUGUUGCUGCUGACAGCGGGUCGUGGUUCUGGUGAGAGUUAUCCGGCCGGCCAUGUCGUGGACGGAGGAGGCCGAGAGGGUGCGGCUUCGCGCGGCGGCGAUGGCGCUCGACGGGGGGGACAAGCCGGACUCCAAGAAGGACGUGUUCGCGGAUCUCGGCUCGCCGGUGUCGCCGCUGCGGAUGCGUGCCACGCCGUCGUCUUCGUCGUCGUCCGCCGGUUCGGCGAAAUCGCCGGCCUUGUGCAAUGCCGCGGCGGUGGCGGCGGGGGGCGGCGCGAGGAGGAGCCACUCGGGCGAGCUGGCGGCGGAGAGCAGUAACCCGCCGCGGCGACCCGGGCACCGGCGCUCCGGAUCUGUGCCGCUGAUUUUCUCCGGUGGGGGCAGCAGCAGCUCGGGGGCCGGCGGCAGCGGCGGCGGAGGCGGAGGCUCGAGCACCGCGAGCUCGCCGCUCACCAAUGCGCUCCCCACCGGCAACAUCUGCUCCUCCGGCCGUGUCGCGGCCGCGCCCCGGCCGCGUCCCCGCCCCGACGUGCUCGGAUCUGGCACCGGCCACUACGGCCACGGCAGCAUCAUGCGCGGCGGCGGCGGGGCCAUGCCAGCUCCGCCGGACAGCUUGCAGGAGGUGACCCGUGCUGGGAACGAGUGGUACAAGAAGGGCAGGUACGGCGAGGCGCUGCGGCACUACGACCGCGCCCUGGCUCUGUGCCCUGACAGCGCCGCGUGCCGCGGCAACCGCGCCGCCGCCCUCGCCGGGCUCGGCCGCCUCGCCGAAGCCCUCCGGGAGUGCGAGGAGGCCGUCCGGCUCGACCCAGCGAGCGUCCGCGCCCAUGGCCGCCUCGCCUCGCUGUGUCUCCGGUUUGGGAUGGUUGAGAAGGCAAGGAGGCAGCUUACGCUGGCCGGGAAUGUGAACGGGGCUGACCCUGCUGAGUGGCAGAAACUGCAUGAGGUGGAGAGCCAUUUGGGGAAAUGUAUGGAUGCAAGGAAAACCGGAGAUUGGAAGAGCGCACUGAGGGAAGCAGAUGCUGCCAUUGCCAACGGAGCGGACUCCUCUCAGUUGCUCCUUGCCUUGAGGUCGGAAGCACUUCUCCGGCUUAAAAAACUAGAGGAGGCUGAUUCAACUAUGACAAGUUUGCUGAAAUUGGACAGCACGUCUCUAUCAUCAGUGUCCACCAAACAGUUAGGAAUGUUAGCUGAUUCAUAUGUACAUGUUGUCCAAGCCAGGUCAACAUGGCAUUUGGAAGGUUUGAUGUAGCUGUUGCCAUGUCUGAGAAGGCUAGACUUAUUGAUCCUGGGAAUGCAGAGGUUGGAAUGAUUGUAAAUAGCAUGAAGUUAGUUGCACGGGCUCGAGCUCAGGGGAAUGACCUUUUUAAAGCAGGGAAGUUUGCUGAGGCAUCUAUAGCCUAUAGUGAAGGGCUCAAAUAUGAGCCCUCAAACUCAGUAUUGUACUGUAAUAGAGCAGCUUGCUGGUCGAACUUAGGUCGGUGGGCAAAAUCUGCUGAGGAUUGCAAUGAGGCCCUGAAAAUUCGACCUAACUACACAAAAGCGCUGUUAAGACGGGCAGCAUCCUACGAAAAGCUUGAGCGUUGGGCUGAUUGCGUGCGGGACUAUGAGGUGCUCCGUAAGGCGCUUCCUAGCGACGCGGUAGUUGCAGAGUCAUUGUUCCAUGCCCAAGUCGCAUUGAAGACAACCUGUGGUGAGGAUGUAUCAAAUAUGAAGUUCGGAGGAGAGGUUGAGAGUUGAGACAGUUACUAGCAUAUAGCAAGUUAGAGCUGCUAUACAUCAGCUGGUGAGUUUCUUUGUACGGAUAUUUCGUCGGAGCUGUUAUAAUGUUUUCAUCUCCUUAAGUUGCGCUAGUGCUGUGGGUAACCUUCAGGGAAGGAGCUGUUCUUGUUCAGUUAUCCUCAAGCAUUUCACAACUAUCAAUACAAUUUUUUUGCAUAUUACUUAUCCA